CUUUAAGAGCCCGUUAUGCGUCACCUGACCAGGUCCACCGACAAGGCAGGACCGUAACCUGCAUUACCAGGAAAAUAAGCGACUAAACAUCCAAAAUAUACACGAUAUAGGCUUGAUACCUGAAAAUAUAUCGUCGUUUUAUAGUCUCGACGUUAAAAAGGCCAGAAAGAGACGCGUCAUCAUCCCCAUCACCAUCCGACCGGACGGGAAGGACACACGGGCUGCGACCGAAUAUUACCGGAAUUCCCGAUCAGGUUUUAAUCAACGGCGGAUUAUUUGUUUGUUUGAUUAAUUUAAUUAAAACACAAUAAUAAUAAUUAUAAUAAUAAACACAAAACGUUGUUUCGAUUAGAUGUGUGUUUUGUACAUAUCAUAAUCAACGCUGCCAGUUUUACGUAUUCAUUUGAUUAUUUAUUUCCCACGAGAGUAAAAAAAUAGCUCGGCGUAGGGCGUUACGUAAUAGUGGCAUUAUCCAGGGUGCUGAAACCAACCCAUGCACAAUAAAAGCCUACAAUAAGCGUAUUUUAUCCUAGUACAAAAGCUCGACUCGCGCUUUUAAAUACGCUUCGGUUGGACGACAAGAUAGUAUUGACAUUGUCGGUUUCUACAGAUCCACCUUGGAUUCCGUCUCCUUUAUCUGUCGGCUAAUUUCAUAUGCAUUUGGGCUGUCCUUCCCCCUGAAGUUGAUUCUUGAGGUGGUUGUCGACGCUACCGGGAGAAAAUGUCGGGACAGACUCUGACGGAUCGCAUAGCCGCGGCGCAGUACCAGCUCACCGGCUCCGAUGUGGCUCGUGCCGUUUGCAAAGCCACCACGCACGAGGUGAUGGCGCCCAAGAAGAAGCACCUGGAGUAUCUGAUCUCGACCACCAACGAGACAAACGUGAACAUCCCUCAGAUGGCUGACACACUAUUUGAGAGAUCCACCAAUGCCAGCUGGGUGGUGGUGUUCAAAGCUUUAACCACGACCCACCACAUCUGCAUCUACGGCAAUGAGAGAUUCAUCCAGUAUUUGGCCUCGAGGACUUCCCUGUUCAAUCUCAGCAACUUUAUUGACAAAACAGGAACCCAUGGUUAUGACAUGUCUACAUUCAUCAGACGAUAUGCACGGUACUUGAAUGAGAAGGCAUAUGCUUACCGCGCCAUGGCCUUCGACUUUACUCGAGUUAAGAAGGGAGCUGAGGGUGUGAUGAGGACUAUGGCUACUGAGAAGCUUUUAAAGGCCAUGCCAGCCCUGCAGACUCAAGUGGACACGCUGCUGGAGUUUGACGUUCAUCCUAAAGACUUGAACAACGGCAUUAUAAACGCAGCGUUCCUGCUUCUCUUUAAGGAUCUGAUAAAGCUCUUCGCCUCCUACAAUGACGGCAUUAUCAAUCUACUAGAGAAAUAUUUCAAAAUGAAGAAGUCGGAGUGCAAGGAUUCUCUGGAGAUUUACAAGAAAUUUCUGACCCGAGUGACCAAAAUUGCAGAGUUCAUGAAAAUCGCUGAGCAAGUAGGAGUGGAUAAGAAUGACAUCCCUGACAUCUCCUAUGCACCCAGCAGUAUUCUGGAGUCACUGGAGACACAUAUGAACAGUCUAGAGGGGAAGAAAGGAGAUGGGUCACCCACAAAGGGAUCACCUACCAAUAACGUGUCUCCAACUUCCACUCCCGCCAAAUCCGGUGCAGCCGUUCCCACUUUGGAGCCUCCGCGUGCCGACGCCGCACCUGCUGCCGAAACUGCCACCGAUUCUCUUCUGGAUCUGGACCCGCUGUCUUCCUCUGGACCGUCAGGAGGAGCAUCAGCUGCACCCACAUCUUGGGGAGAUCUGCUGGGGUCAGAAAUAGGUUCCCUUACUACAGAGACUCUCCUUCCUGACCCAACCCUUGCCGUAGACUCCGCCUCCUCAGCCACGCCCACCACCACAGUUGCAGAGGCAGCCGUUUCUUUGGCUCCUCCUCCCUCCGCUGCCGGUGCUUCCUCCGGCUCAGCGGAUCUCCUCGGAGAUGUGUUUGCGGCACCUGAAACAGCUGCUGCUGCAGAGGGCGGGGCCACUGCAUCCACGCCCACUCCUGCUGCCGAUGGCACCGCGCCAGCCGAAUCUGCGGGUGCCGGUGAGGCUAAACAGGCUGCAGCAGCAGGAGGAGGAGGAGAUCUGAUGUCAGCGUUCGAUGGAUUGGGCGAUGUGCUCAUGCCAGCUAUGGCUCCUCAGGCCGCAGGAGCUUCACCCAUGGCCACUUCACCCGUCAAACCCAUGGGAGGAGACCUGGACUCAGCUAUGGCUAACAUGGCCGGGAAUUUGGCAAUGGGGAACCAGAAACCGGGUGAAGCAGCAGGAGGGGCGAACUGGCAAGCGCAGGUACCCACCCCUAGCUGGGGCGUUACAAUGACUCCCACUCUCGGGGUCUGUCCUGUCAUGGGAUCCCCGUCACCGUUUGGCAUGCCUGCAGGAGGAGCUGCUCCCAUGAUGCCUGGCUCACCGAUGAUGGCUGCUCAACAACCAGUGAGGCCACAGUUUCCAGCAGGAGCCCCUGGACAACCGAUGUCUCCAGGAAUGGCCCAGAGUCCCAGGAAGCCCCCACCUCCUAAAGACCCACUCGCUGACCUCAAUAUCAAAGACUUCAUGUAGAUGAGCAGCUUGCUAUGUCACACUUCUUGUGCAGCCCUGAUGGAUCAGAUGUGCGUUUUCUCUCUCUCUCUCUCUCACUCUCUCUCUAAAUCUUCCGUUCAUCAUAUUUAGGGCCACCAGUCCCUCUCUCUCUCUCUCUCUGUCUGUUGUUGUAGCACAAACCGUGACCGUGACUAAGUACAUGUGUGUACGUGUGUUUGUAUUUCAAUGUUCUCAGUUACUUCAGAUCUAUAUAUUUAAAAAAAAAAAAAAAAAGAUAAUAA